AUGACUUCUCAUUUUACUUGUCCACCUGUUCUAAGAAAUUACCUCACCACAACGGUGGCUGCCGAUCAUUCCGGCGCCGGGAACCUAAUAGAAUGUUGGAACGCGGCGUUGGAGCUUAAGUCUUGCGCUGAUAAGAUAGUCAAGUUCUUCAUUAGCCGUAACGGUAUGGUUGAACUGGGUGUAUCUGCUGGAAUUGAUAAAGAUUGUUGCGGAGCCAUUGGGUUGAUUGUGAAAGAGUGUUGGUUCGUUAUGUUUACUUCUUUAGGACUUACCACUAUGGAAGGGAAUAUGCUCAGUGAGCAUUGUGGUUUUCAAGCGGAGAAGCCUGUAUUGUCUCAGUCUCCGUCGCCUGAAACUCUGGUUUUAUCUCCGGUUUAA